AUGCUUCUUGCUCUAUUUUUCUUGGGAACAUGGCCUGCAAUUUUGACUCUACUGGAAAGAAGAGGUCGUCUUCCUCAACACACUUACCUUGUUUAUACGAUCACAAAUCUGUUGGCUGCUGUCAUCAUUGCUUUCACAUUCGAUGAAAUCGAAAAGCGCACAACUGAACAGCCAAAUUUCCUAAAUCAACUAUCUCAGGAUAACUGGCCUAGCGUAUUGUUUACAAUGGCAGUGACUGAGGUGAUUACUACAAGCAUUACUGUUGUUAUAGGAACAACCUUGAAUUACUUCUUAGAUGACAGAAUUAACAAAGCUGAGAUUCUUUUUCCUGGUGUUGGAUGCUUUUUGAUUGCUGUUUGUCUUGGAUCUGCUGUGCAUGCGUCCAAUGCUAUAGAUAAUGAAGCCAAACUUUAUAGUUUCUCAAAUGAUUAUGAAGAUGGGACAACAUUAAUUCCUUGUUUUGGAUGA